AUGACUAACUGGGUACCGUGGCUUUGCGUUUUUCUACUACUGCCAAGUUUCUUCCGUCUUGUCCGUUCAGUUUCUCCGCCAUCGGUCACGAGUGGAUCAAUAACGACCGUUGACAAACUGCAGCAUAAGCUAGCGGCAUCGAGUGAUGUCCUGGCGAAUGCAUUCACCACCCUACCGACACUCUCCAACGGUCAUUUAGGCUUCACGGUUUUUGGUGAUGCAGUUUACAUGGCCACCCUGUACAACGGAGCUGGAGGUUUAAGCCAUCGGGCCCGCAUUCCAAACGUCGCGAAUCUGCGCCUCCAAAAUGGGUGCUAUGACGGAACGACCUUAAACUGCACACUCACACUCAACACAGCGCAAGGACUGUUUCAGGUGGAGGGCGUUUUCGGUGCCCCAAAUUCGAGCUACCGGGUGGUUCAUCGGGUAUUUCCCCACGCAUACUAUCGGCGCCUGAUCGUUAAUCAGGUUCUCAUCGAGCGGCUUUCGGCGGGCACUGGCCCUGACAUCGUGGUACACCUGAGCCCUCCGGUACCUUUCACCAGCGAAGACGUUCGCUUUCAGCCCGCCCGAACGUUUCGCGUUCACUCGAGCUCAUCCUUUUCGGAGAUAAUUUAUCAACGGUGUGGACGCACGGUGGAGGUGGAAAGUCGUACCUAUCAGCCGGAAACGAGGCCGGUGUGUGUCGUAUGGAAUCACGUUCCAGAACGGCUGACCCUGGCGGGGGACGGCGAGCGCAAGGUGUCGUUUCAAUUUGUGAUGGCGGUUGAUGGAGAUGAGGUCGUCGCACGACAGGAACUAAGAACUGCACUCCUGCAAUCGGCGGAAGAGUUACUGCGCGCGCAUACAUCACUGUGGGGCUCCUUCUGGGAUCGCACGGACAUCCUAACGACCGGAAGCGGAGAACCGUUACAGCGCACCGUACGGGCGAGCAUAUUUUAUCUGGUCAGCAACUUCCCGUUCGAGGAGAGCUACAAGGCGUCCCCCGGGCCAUUCGGGGGUCUCAGCCCGACCGGGUUGGGGCGUGGCGGUGGAGCUAGCUACCUCGACGACUACGAGGGCCACUCGUUUUGGGACACGGAGAUUUGGAUGCUGCCCGUGCUCAACCUUAUCGAUCCGUGGUACGGCCGGCUGCUGGUCAACUAUCGCUCGGGGUUACUCGAGGUGGCGCACGAUUUGGCUGCCGAAGGGGGCUACGCAGGAGCUCGAUUUCCCUGGGAAAGCGGGUACACCGGUGUGGAGGUAACGCAACCUUGCUGCCCGGAGGUUGCCGAGUAUCAGCAUCACAUCACCGGCGACGUAAGCUACGGCCUGAGGCACCAUUUCGCCACGACGCAGGAUCUCGUAUGGCUGCAGGAGUCCGGCUGCCGGAUGGCGCAGGAAAUUGUCGAUUUCUGGUCCAGUCGACUGUCCUUCAACUACACCGGCACCGGGCAGUACGACAUUGCCGCGGUAAUGGGACCGGAUGAGGAUCAUGAAAAUGUAACCAACAACGCGUACACGAACGUGAUCGCCGGCUACGCUUUGUAUUUUGGCGACUUUGUCAGCUGUCUGUGUAACAAUGGUGCAAGCGUCGGGUCGCGUAACCGUAGCGCUAUCGCACGCCGUAUCAAACUCCCCUACGAUGACAUCAGGGAUUAUCAUCCGCAGUUCGAGGGCUACCGGCCCGGGACGGUAAUAAAGCAGGCCGACACGGUACUCCUAGGCUUUCCGCUGCAGUAUCCCGGCCUAACACCGUCCACCCGCAGCAACGAUCUGCGGACGUAUGAAUCGGUAACGCGCUCAACCGGUCCCGCAAUGACCUGGGCAAUGCACGCCAUAAACCACCUGGACCUGGGCGAGCUGGAGCAGGCGGCCAUAAACUUCAACCACAGCUACCAACCGUACGUUCGCGGUCCGUUUCACGUCUGGUACGAGCUGCAGCAACCGGAAACGGGCGCACAGAACUUUCUCACCGGGGCCGGCGGGUUCCUGCAGGCCAUCCUCUUUGGAUACGUCGGAGUUCGCGUACAUCUGGACAGUCUGGAAAUACGUGGUACAAUGAGCGAAUCCCCAAUGGAACUGAAGGCCCCCGGGAGCUCUAGUAUUACCGCGAAAGGUUUGCGUUAUCUCGGAGCGCUUAUCACGAUAGUUAAAACGAUCAACCAAUCGGAAGUGGUAGUGACUAACCUGGAAACAGCACUAACGAUAGAAUUCACUGGAGAGGACAUCGCAACCGAUGUGAUGGUUAAUGUAACAUACUUAUUAAAUAAUAGAACUGCCAUCAUCCGCCCAAAGCAUGAUCCUUAUCGAGGUUGUGAACUACCGGAAGAUCUCAUAGGGAGUAACAUGUAA